AUGACAAAUGACAAAUUGUUCCGAGUAAAAGGUUAUACAACAAAGCCGUUACAUCCGCCUCGCCUAGCCAUGAAUAACCUUAUUGAUGAAACACCACGUAUCGAGAUCCUGCCAAUGCCGCAGAGAUCACAAAUCCAAAACCAGACCGAAGAUUGGACAGGUACAAGUAACACUGUGAUAAGGAGGAAAUUACAAAAUCGUUUAAACCAACGAGCUUCUCGACAACGUCGGAAGCUAGACUCGAGAAAACUGAAGACACCCACUAAAAUCAUAGAAGCACAAUAUCCUAAAACUGUUAAUCCCUUCACAACACGUCUUUCAAAAGAAGAGAUGCACAAGAUGCAUAUAAAACACGUCAUCUCUGCUAAAACUUUCAAUGCAUACCUCACCAAUCUUUCUAUUCCACCAGAUUCAUACUUACUACCCCUCCUUCACUACAACGUGACCCGUGCAUUGAUCACCAAUGUGCAUAUUCUCAAACUCCCGAUCGAUCGUAUGGACGAUGAUAUUCUUUCUCCCUUCAACACCUCAUCAUCACCUGCACAACUACCAGCAACGCUUCAACCCACCAGAUUACAAAUCGAGAUAGCACAUCAUCCUGAAUUAGACAUUUUUCCAUUCCCGCCUUGUAGGGAUAAUUUCCUUUCCGCGAUAGCAAAAGGACAUGUCUGGGAUGAUGUGGAGUUUUGUCGUGAUAUAAUGUAUGGGGUAGAGGGCACGGAUGGGAGAACUGGCUUGAUUGUUUGGGGUGAUCCUUGGGUUGCGGGUAGUUGGGAGGUGGAAGAAAAUUUUGCUAGGAAAUGGGCUUGGUCGUUGAAAGGAUGUACAGAUUUAUUUGAAAGUACUAAUAAGUGGAGGGAUAGAAGAGGUGAGCCGGGACUCGUUUUGGGGGAAUCCCAGGCAUAUCUAUACCCCACUACUACGGGAAAUACUCUCGAUGACGGUCAACGAUACAAAAGGGGAGCCAGGAGUAGAGUCUGGUUCUUAUUAGAUGUCGGUCGACUUCUUCCUGUGUUUUGUACACCUGUGCUGAAACUUGAGGGUUCUCGCUCAGGGGAUUGGGAGGAAUUCGCUGUCGAUUUCUCUAUUCUGUUGGCAAUGUCUACUUCUUGCGCCUAG